CUGCUGGGUUUCGAUAUUGGAGCUACCUGAUGGAAGCAGCAGGGACACCGCCCGGGACGGUCGGUGGCAGUUAGCGCAGACUGCGGGGGACACCAGGCGGGCUGCUCAAGCCCAGCCUACUUGUCCGGCAGGUGGAGGUGAGCAGCCAUAACCUGGGGACCAAAGCAGCCCGGACUUCUUCCUUUGGCCGCUAGAGGGGACUCCUCCAGAGCUUGGCCAGAGUCAGAAGACACGCCCUCACCCGUCUGCUUGGAGGAGAGACACGAGCUGCUUCCUUAUCGGGGAAGGCUGUAAAUCAACCAAAAGAGACCAGAGGACUCCUUUGGCUGAGGAAGGGAGAGAGGCGGCUGCUGGGAGAAGGAGAACACUGGAGACAUGGCUUCCAGUUCACACCCUGCCUAGCAGCAGCUCCCGCGCCCAGCCUGGCCCCGGCAGGAUGUCCUGCUAGACAGCCAUGGACGGAGCCCACCGCUCAGGUCUGCAGCUGCAGCCGCUCCCACCCACCAGCGGCGCCACCUCCACGAGCCUGAGCAGCAGCGAGGGCUCCUUCUCCUACAAGGAAAACUUGAUCGGAGCACUCUUGGCCAUUUUUGGGCACCUAGUGGUCAGCAUUGCCCUUAACCUGCAGAAAUACUGCCACAUCCGCCUAGCAGGCUCCAAGGACCCCCGGGCCUACUUCAAGACAAAGACAUGGUGGCUGGGGCUGCUCCUGCUGCUACUGGGGGAACUGGGCGUGUUCGCCUCCUAUGCCUUUGCUCCACUGUCACUCAUCGUGCCCCUCAGUGCCGUCUCCGUGAUAGCAAGCGCCAUCAUCGGAAUCAUAUUCAUCAAGGAAAAAUGGAAACCUAAGGACUUUGUGAGACGCUACGUCUUGUCCUUUGUGGGCUGCGGCUUGGCCAUCGUGGGCACCUACCUGCUCGUGACAUUUGCACCCAACAGUCAUGAGAAGAUGACAGGCGAGAACAUCGCCAGGCACCUUGUGAGCUGGCCGUUUCUCCUGUACAUGCUGGUGGCGAUCGUCCUGUUCUGCCUGCUGCUCUACUUCUACAAGGAGAGGAACGCCAACAACAUCAUUGUGAUUCUCCUCCUGGUGGCCCUGCUUGGUUCCAUGACGGUGGUGACGGUCAAGGCUGUCUCAGGGAUGCUGGUGCUGUCCAUCCAAGGCAACCUGCAGCUGGACUACCCCAUCUUCUACGUGAUGUUUGUGUGCAUGGUGGCCACCGCCAUCUAUCAGGCCACGUUUCUGAGUGAAGCCUCCCAGAUCUAUGACUCCUCCUUGAUUGCCAGCGUUGGCUACAUCCUGUCCACCACGGCGGCCAUCACAGCAGGUGCGAUCUUCUACCUGGACUUCCUCGGGGAGGAAGCUCUGCACAUCUGCAUGUUUGCACUGGGGUGCCUCAUCGCCUUCUUGGGCGUGUUCCUAAUCACUCGAAACAGGAAGAAGGCCAUUCCGUUCGAGCCCUAUAUUUCCAUGGACGCCAUGCCAGGUAUGCAGGACAUGCAUGCAAAGGGGACGACGGUCCAGCCUGACCUCAAAGCCCCUUUUUCCUACGGAGCCUUGGAAAGCAACGACAGCAUCUCUGAGCUCUACACCCCGGCCACACUGCCCGUCAUGCAGGAGGAGCACGGCUCCAGGAGCACCCCUGGGGUUCCCUACCGCGUCCUGGAGCACACCAAGAAGGAAUGAUCCCUUUGGGGUGUCACUGCCCGGAGGUCACCCAUGGUUCCACUCUUCAUUGCCCAAACUGCCUUUCAAGUAUCCUGGUUUCAAACGGAGAGCUCUGUGCAAGAUGGCCUUGCGAGGCCCCUGUUUCUCGGGCAGAGAAGCCAUUCGAUGACCUUGGCUUUGGACAUUUCAAAUAGUGGGGGCAGAAUCCCAAGUGGACUAUGUGGCCAGUUAAGCUAGUGGGAGUCGAAUCCAUUUUACCUCCUUGGACAGACAGUCAGUGAGCAUCGGGUAACGGUCGCAGGCUUCCAUACAUUUCAUUAGAGUGAAAGCAAGACAGAGUGAGUCUGCCCCCUCUUUGCAAAUCCAGCAAAAGGGUGGCGACCUCCACCGUUGGUCUUCCUCUAUCCAGCACGCAUGUCUCAGCUCUACCUAGUUCACUCACCAUUCUGUAACUCUGAGGAUACUGCCGUCCCUUUUGCCAACCCUGCGUGGAAAAAGCUGUCACUUGUACCUUGCUGGCGGACUUGGGCCUUCCCAUCACCUGGGCCCGUCUGUGAAGACCUGGCGGUGUCUGCUGGAUCUCUUCUGAAAACUGGCUUCGUUCCAGUCCUUAGAGAUUAUUGCAUUGCUUCCUCCCUCCAAAGAAGCCAAGAGAACAGAGGCAGAGGGGGACAGGAGCAAGGGGGGAGGGGGCAGCUGCUUUCAGCCCACUCUGUUUCCAGCUAGUUAGAAAGGUUCCCGUGACUCUCCUGCCCAGCCCUACAGAGGAUGUGCCAAAGCUCUCUGUAGGGUGAGCUACUCUUCCUCCUGUACAUCCAGCUCCCUGCAGACCCGCUUCAGUCCUCCUCCCCGUCCUCCCCUUAGCCUCCCGCUAGCUAAGCCUCAGCUGCUGCUUCAGUUCACAGCCUGGUUCAGGCAGAACAGGCAUUUUCGCACACAGGUCUGCAAGCUUUCUUCCUGUUUAUUCCAGUGAGUGGCCUCCCCCUCUUUCUCCCCCCACUCCCCAACCAAUGCGCACACUUGAGAGUAGCUGGCAAAGGCUUGCAGGCUUUGAUAGGCAUUAGAAUUCCAGAGGAGUUUGUUUAAAAUGUAAGUUCCUUGCUCCAACUGGAGUGACCUGGAUCAGUGGGCCUGGGAUGGGACCCAAUAGCCUGCCCCAGAGAGCAUACCCCCUCAGAAGCCUUCUCACAGGCCACUAAAUCCCAAGGGACCACAUGGCCCAGAAGGUUUAAACCUCCAGUUUCUUACCCUCUCAGGGCUCUGUAGGCAAGCUAUAUGGACCUGUCGGACCUGUGGCAGUCCCUACCCAGUGAACACCACUGGAGAGUGGCAGUGUUAAUAGGUCAGUGUUUGAUAUGCCGUCCAUGGCACGCCUCUUCACACCCAAACAGUGCUCUGACUUCAGAACUCUGCCAUCUGCUAUAGAGCCUAUGACCACUUCUGUAUUUCAUCUUGACCAUGUCUGUAUUGCGGCUGGCAUGCCUGAGGCUGAAAUGGGAACAGAGAACGGGCUCUUCAGCUCAGCCCAACAGCAGUCGGCCCCGGGUGCUUUGCUGAGGUCCUGGGGCCUGUUUUACCAUAUAUCUCUCACGCACAAAGCUACAAGCAUUACACAUGGUUGUGCCCUCCAGGACUGCAGGGGAACGGACACACACACCAGGAACCUUGGGCAAGGCAGGCUGUGUGGCAGAGAGGCACAGAUAGCCUCACGGAGGCUGUGGCCAUAAGGCUAAGCCCUGAACUCAAUAGGUGUUCAGAUUGGAAACAAUUUCCGUGCAUUCUCGGUAGAAAUAUAGCUAAGAUCAGAGAAGUGGGUGAUCACACCCUCCCCCCGAAAGGAAAUGGGCAGCUCUGGAAAAUCAGAGGUUGGAGCUAGGGUUGCCAAAGAGCCCAGGGACGUGAUAAAAGAUGAAUGUCGAAAGACAGUCGAUGGACCUGAAGCACAGUGGCUCACACCCGUGACUUGGAAGACGCUCUUUCCUUCAGGAGGAUAGCCGCAAAUUCUAGGCUAACCUGGACUACCAAGCGAGACCCUGUCUCAAAACAAGAUUAGCAGCAAAGAUAAUCAUUAAAGAGGUGUGAUUGGCUGGCAGAGGCAAGCAUCCCAGAGGACGCGGGAGCUACGGAAGAGUCACAAGGAAGAGCGUCACAGGGUCAGCACCUAUUGGGAAGGAGUUCCUGUUCUGUGGCAUCAGAGAAAGAAGGAGUAAGAAGUCACCUUUGGGGGUCAGACGCCAGGCCCCCAAGAACAAAGAAUUAAAGCUUCUGUUCUGAGAGCUGGUAGGGAUUGGGGUGUGGGCAGUGUAUGCAAAGAAGUGAGCAGGUUUCCGUGUGGCAAACCCUGGCUGGCACCCAUCGUUUUGGCAUGGUAUGUACGCCCAGCCUCAUUCUGCCCCUUCCCCCCUCCUGUGGGCUGUUUAGCCCUGGUCAGCCUGAGAUACAGGUGCACCGUAACCGCAGGUGAUGCAGAAGAGGUGGGCAGUGCCACCCAGGAACUGCUUCCUGGGGCCUGGGCAGCUUGAUGGCUUUCAGGUUGGGGACAGUAGUCACCAUCAUACAAACAGAGCCAUGAGGGAUGAGCGGAAAGGCCUUUGAACUCCUGAGUGGAGAUGUGACAGGGCAGUCAGGCAGUGGGAGACCCGAGUUCCUCCCCCCCCUGCCACAGUCCUCCCCCCACCCCCCACAGUCCUAGAUGCCCUGCUUGGCCCCAGAGAUCAUUGGAUUGUCAGCUCACAGCAGGGCUGCACGGUUGGUAGAAUGAGGAAGGGGGAGACCAACUUUCUACCCACAACCCUGUUUUCCCACAUGGUUCUGACAUCACCCACCCACUCCCAUUCUUCCCCACCCUUACCCUGAAGCCAGGCAUUCAGUCUGUAGCCCAGGCUGGUCUUGAAAUCUCAAUCCUCCUGCCUCUGCCUCUGGAGUACUGGGAUUACAGGUAUGUACUACUUACUCCUCGUCUGACUCCCAUCUGAACUCCCCUGGCCACGUGAAAUGCCACACGGCCUCUCUCCCAGCCGCAAGGCACUCCAACAGCGUCAUCAACCAUGGGUUAAACUUCAUUUGUUCGCUUGUCUUCCUCCCUGAUCCGAAUCUCUGUUCUGUGGGUUGGGUUCCAGAUUAGACAUCAGAACAGAUGUGAUUGCAAACUGCUGCUUUCAAAGGGGGAGUCCUGACCCCAUGCUGCGGCCUGAUGGUACCCUCACCCUCAGCUCUGGGGUGUGGGGUUGAGCAUGGACCUGUGCACUGCAGGGGAGGGGAGGCUCCCUUUCCAGUGGCCCUAGCCAGCUUGCGGGUAUCAUGGGAACAGAAGCAGAUGGCCAUCAGAGAAGGACUGGGCCCGGCCCACCCUGCAGGCGCGAAGAUUUCAAAUGUGACCCAACUCUAACUGACACUGAAACCACCCUGUAAAUGAAGUCACUCUAGAACAUAGUCUAUGUAGAUGCUUAUAUUUUGUUAAGUGUCAAAACUAACACAGCAUGUGUUAUUUUGCAAAAGUGUGUAUACUGUGUGCAGAUAACAUUGUAAAGCGGUAUUUAAUUAAAAAUUCAAGCAGUUCUUGCAGAGUUCGGGUCCUGUGUUGCGAUAAUACUUCAGCAGCUGUCUAGUAGAAUGGUCCAUGUCAUUUCUGCCUUGUCAUCCCCACGUGGCUGCUGGCCGGCCACUCUAAAUACCGCUAGGGUGCCUGAGAAACUAAUUUUGUACUUUGCAUGUGCACACAUGUGAAUACAUGCAUGCCCCAUGAGUGGA